GGGGAGGGGCUUGGGGUCAGGGUUAACCCGGAACCACGUGGUUGCCCCUCCUCCACGUGUUCGUUCGUGGGUCCCGGCAUUGGUAAAGUCUCAGCAUCAGUCUCAGUUGAAGUUGGCUGUUUCCCCUCGUUCUCGUUGCCUCUUCCCAUCGCCGCGCAAUGUCCUUCUUCAUCAAGAAGAAGGUGGUGGACAGGGAGCGGACCAACGGUUCCGUCAGAGGCAACAAGAGGAAGGGUGCUGAUGACAAAACAACGGCCACAAAAGCGAAAAGAAAACAAACUAUCCAGAGAGAUGAUGAGAUCUCAAGCGAUUCCGAAAAAGAGAGCGAUGGCGAGCGAGGAAAGAAGGAGGAGGAGAAUGACUUGGAGGUGGAGGAGACGGCUCAGGAGAAGAAGUUGCGCUUGACCAAGCUGUAUCUGGAGCAGCUGCGGACGGAAGAGGAGGAUAAGGCUGAUGACCGAGCUUUCCGUCAUGACGUCAUAGCGGACCGGCUGCAGGACGAGCUGAUGGAACAAAGCGGCACUCUUCAGCGACAAAUCGCAAAAGAGCUGCGCUUGCCCGGCCCCGGCGCGGUGCGCGUGCUGCGCGGACACCAGCUGCCCAUCGUGUGCCUCGUCAUCUCUCCCGACAGCAAGCACAUCUUCUCCGCCUCCAAGGACUGCACCCUCAUCAAGUGGGACGUGGAGUCAGGGCGCCGGGUGCUCUCCGUGCCGGGCCUCAAGAAGAAGGACAAGAGUGGUGUCGACGGCCACGCAGCGCACGUCCUCUGCAUGGCCAUUUCCUCUGAUGGCAAAUACCUGGCAACGGGCGACAGGGACAACCUCAUCCUGUUGUGGAACCCGGCCACGAUGCAGCUGCUGCACACAUUCAAGGGGCAUCGUGACGCCGUGUCGGGCCUGUGUUUCCGAAAGGGGACCCACCAGCUGUACAGCGCCUCGCACGACCGCUCCGUCAAGGUGUGGAACGUGGAUGAGAGGGCCUACGUGGAGACGCUAUUCGGGCACCAGGAUGCCAUCAUGGGCCUCGACUGCCUGGCGCGGGAGCGAUGCGUGACGGCAGGCGGGCGCGACCGCUCGGUGCGUGUCUGGAAGAUCCUCGAGGAGUCCCAGCUCGUGUUCCACGGCCACGCGGGAUCCAUCGACUGCAUUCAGCUGAUCAACGAGGAGCACAUGGUGUCUGGAGCGGACGACGGCUCGCUGGCGCUCUGGGGCCUGCACAAGAAGAGGCCGCUGGCCACUGUGCAGAAAGCGCACGGCAUGCUGGGCGAGCCCGGCUUGGAGCAGCCGCAGUGGAUCACCUCGGUGGCCGCCAUGCUCAACAGCGACGUGGUGGCCUCAGGCUCGCACGACGGGCACAUACGACUGUGGAAAUGUGGGGCAAGCUUCAAGUCGCUGGAGCCGCUGUUCACCGUGCCGCUGAGCGGUUUCAUCAACGUCCUCGCUUUCUCCAGCUGCGGCUCCUUUUUGGUGGCCGGCGUAGGGCAAGAGCACAGGCUCGGCCGCUGGUGGAGGAUGAAGGAGGCGAAGAACGCCAUCUGCAUCAUCCCACUCGUGCAAGAUGCCACCCGGAACCCGGAGGCUGCCGCAGUCGAAGAACCCAAGACCUAACCGGCGUCGCCUCCCACCCUUCCUCUCCUCCCUCACAACCUCCCAAUGCGACGCCACUUCCGGUUGACAACGCCGCCACAGAUCGCCCAACCACGCCCGGUGCUCUCCCGCAACUGUUGGUUCAUUCCGUCUCAUGCUCUUGCCCACUAGGGGACGUCCCAUCUCUGAUAACCACCCAGUGAUAAACAUGUUGGCAGCAUUAAAGGUACGCAAGAUUCUGUGUUCCUUUUUUUGUAUGUAUAUAUAUGCAGCCCUUUGCCCAUCCAGUGCUGGAUGAAAGGCCUCCUCAUGCCUUUUCAGCAAUGGGGAUUGUUUGACCAUACUUUCACGCAGGUCAGUGCACGUUUGCGGGAAAGGGUCAUGCUCCCAGGACCGGUUCAGAUGCCAAUCUACACUGAUGUAAGUCAUGGCCCGGAUUCUAACUCGGGCCGAUGGGUCUGUUGCACAGUGCGCUACAGACCACCAAUCCACCGCCUCACCCUUGUGUUCCUUGAAAAGGAAUACAAAUUAAAUAUUUUAAUUUUUUUUAUUGUCAAAAGUGCUUGUGUGUGCGCGUGCUCACUGCCUAGCCAAUGCAAGCAAGAUUUUGGCCAAGCGCAGUGAGAAGUAUCGUAUCCUUUGUCUCGCGGCCCCGCCAUCAAUCCUCUCCACUGCUGGCCGUCCAAUCGCGCGCGGGAGUCUAAUCCCAGGGGCAAAUGUUUGCCCUUCGCUUGCGGCUUGCGGAUGAGGUUGUAGUGGGAGCACACGCGCCCGCCCGCCCGCCCCUCCCGUGUCGACCGCCACAGCUCGCAGCGGUUUAAUAUUGACGCUGGGAACGGUCGGCCAAAAGCCGCUUCUUGACAAGGGAUGCGGAGUAAGCCAACGCUCCCCACACCUCGACAACGGGGGAAUGCGCAGCGCUGUUUGUGUUUCCUUGAUUACAAUUGGAAGUCGCAAUCUCCCCAGUGCAGUUGGAAUUCUUGACACGGUCAGUGAUAUACAACGCAUUAUCAUCGUCGGCUUCAAGCGAGAUGUUUAAUACCUCGCCUGGUAUACAGGAGGUCGUGGGUUCGAUCUCGACCUUGACGCCAGCGGUAUAUUUGGAGUUUGGGUGUUCUCACCGUAGGCGCGUGUUUUUUGUCUGGGACCUUCGGUUUUUAUCCCUCCAUAUUUAGAAAUGCGCGUUUAGAGUAUUUGGCUGCAAUAAAUUAUUUGUGGCCAGGUCGCUUCUGAAAAAAAGAGCUACAAUAUCUCAGUGGGCCUUAGCUGGUAAAACAAAAAAAUAGUUUGUAGUUGUAAUCCACCGACGUCGCCAUCUCUCUGUCCUGCGAUGUUGUAAUCCACCUCGUGCCUACACAGUAACCGAUCACUCCGUGGUGGAUGUCCUCUUGGGCACGUUCCCCUCUCUGUUGGCUGCCACUCCAUCGUUCGCCUCGAUCCUGAACCUUCCCCCGCACCUCCGAUUAGUGCGGUUGGCUACAUACGGUGCAAAAGAAGUUGUACAUACAUACGUAGAGACCAUCUCUAAACACACAAUGUCCUUGGCAGUCCGAGUGAUGUCUUUAACCUGCGUGUGUUAUGCGUUUUCAUUAUUGUUACGCUCGUUUAUCCAGAAAAGCCUCACACCGAGUCUUUAGACAGUUUUCAGGAGUGUCCUGCCGAUGUUUCGUGGUCGGGGCGACGUGAUGUGUAAUUCUAGAUUUGAAGCUUUCGUGACUGCAAGGAUCCAUACUCUUUGGUUCUAUUCGGUAAAGUCACGUAGGUAAAAAA